ACUUGCUUAAUCGAUUGAUAAAGGAACCCUAAAAACACUGCUUAUAAAACUAUUUCUUCCUAGUAUAAAUUUGCGUCCAAAACUAAAAUGUUAUCAUUUUUAAUACGAUGAGCGAACAAAACAGUCAGAACUACAAGGCAAAGAGUUUCGCAAUGAACGAUGACGCUGCCUUGUACCAGAAAAGUAAUUGUUAUCCUAGACGCGACGCUGUUGACGUAUUGACAGAAUUCCUACCCAAAUUCAGAUGGAAGGAAGGCAAAAAGAGGAUCUUUGAUAUCGGCUGUGCCGAUGGUAGCGUCACUAAUAUUAUUAGCGCGUUUUGUAACAACGAUUACGAAGUGUUCGAAGCGUGUGACAUAAAUGAACGGGCCGUGAAAUACGCUACAGAAUACUACGGAACUGACAAAAUGAUUUUCCGCGUGAUGGACAUAGAGGGGCAACUGCCGAAAGAGAUGAAUGGGAAGUUUGAUAACGUUUUCUCGUUCUAUACGCUGCAGUGGAUCAAGAAUCAAGAGAAAGCAUUUCAAAACAUCUACGACUUGAUGGCAAAGGACGGUGAAUGCCUGUUGACUCUCCUGGCUCGGAUACCUGUAUACAGCCUCUUCAAUGCACUAAAGGAUACCGACACAUGGGGAUAUUUGCUUAAAUACAUCAAUCAAUUCAUCUCGCCUUACCAUGAUGUUUCCGAUCCAGACGUGAUAAUACAGUCGUUAUUGGAGAAAGUUGGCUUCCAGUAUGUGGACGUGCGUUGCAGACAAAAGAAAUAUGAAUUCAAGGACAUACAACAGCUGAGAAAUAUAUUAGAAGCUGUAAGCCCCUUCAAUGUGGACAAAAAACUCUACGAGCAAUUCUUUGACGAUAUCAUGGAAGUCGCGGAAGAUAUGAGAAUCAUUGAUAGACGCACAAAGACCGCCACAUUUCACUACAAUUUAAUUGUUAUACACUGUAGGAAAUGAUCGCGAAAUUGUGUAUUUACACACACAUAUUAUUAUCCUAGAUCGUCUAGUUCUUAUCUUAAAUGGUGUCUAUCCUAGUGUUUGGCCUACGUGCCUAUUCUAACUAAUGACUGUUAUUGUAGCCCCAGGAAGGGGCGUGUAUAUAACUUUCAAAGGUUUUUGACGUGACAACGUCUUAUAAUUCGAUGGAGCCGGCUGCACGCACGAAAAACCAUGACUCAUGGAGGCGUUCCAUUUAAGGCUUGAAGUGCAAGCGAGAGCGCGCUACGAGCGACAAAGAGGCACAAUCGGCCUCCGCGUUCGGCAGCUUUCGACAUCUGUCUCUCUCCUACUUGAGUGAGCGAUGCAUCCGCGUGGACAGUUGCUAUACAAUAAUACAUUUACAUGUUUUCGUCGAGUAUUUAUUCGUCAAGUUCAGUGAAAAGUGAAUGUGGUGUCAAUUGUACAUACAAAAUAACUAUCAAACAAAUAAAAUUAAAAUUUUCUUUUGAAAAAAUGAAACCAUUCCAUCAGUAUUUUCUUAUGACGUUGUCACGUUCAACUAUCUAACUAACUAAACCGACAUUACUGACAACCGAAUGGAUUCUGAAAGCUAAUGUAGAAAAAUCAUCUCAUUUCUUAUUAGUCUCAAAAGCCUUAUAGGUCGAACUUAAGAGUAUAGAAUGUUUUUAUUUUGUGCUACCUUUUGUAUAUUUCCCUAUAAUUGGUACUAAAUAGUCUCUCUCUCGAAGCUUGCCAGAACAAACACAGAAUCUCCUCUUUUUCAAGGCAAAUUUCAAAAUAGGAAAUCCAUAUUGAAAUAUAUUAUACAGAAAUUCUGUUCGCUAAUAUUGUUAGUCGUUAAAAUAAUGAAGUCUAUUAAAGAA